CUGUCAUUGUGUAAGUUUGACUGAUCGAAUGAGUUUCGUGCAAAAACACUAGACAAAUGACAGAUCUUCUGAUUCUAGUGUGCGCCAUUUUGAUUUGUAUACACAUUGUUCCCGUCGACGGCUCCCGGAAGAAGGGUGUUUCGGCCUGGGGGUCGAACCUCUUGUGUGAAGACUGGAAAGCGCUAAACAACAUUUCCUGGUGGUAUGACUGGAAGAGCGACCUGUCAACAUACGAUGCAGCGGUCACAAACGUAUGUCCACCUUCGACCCAUCCGAUGCCCGAGUUCGUUGCUAUGGCGUGGAAGUCCAAAUGGAACAAUCAUACACAUAUGAAUUUUACAUCACAGGCGAAAUACAUUCUCGGAUUUAAUGAACCAGACCAGGCAGAACAAGCAAAUAUGACACCGGAGACAGUUGCUGGGCUGUGGCCGGACAUUGAAAGAAACUCAAACGGUCGUCCACUCGUUAGCCCAGCUCCUGCACAUCAUGACUUUAAAUGGCUCGACGAAUUCUUCCGCCUUUGCAACAACUGCCGUGUUGACUAUAUCGCCGCGCAUGCGUACAACUGCGACGCAAACCACAUAAUGACCUACUUACAGCGCAUGCACAACCGUUACCACAAGAAGAUUUGGUUGACCGAGUUUGCCUGUCCACACUCAACAGAUCCGAAUGAUCAAAUGCACCUCAUGAGGACGCUGCUUCCGAGACUGGAGGCCGCAGAUUACGUUUAUCGAUACUCGUGGUUCAUGGCCCGUAUGCUGCGAAUCUUUGGCGGGGGCUUCAUGGACCCCUCUGCUGCACUUCUACACAACGAAACCUCGACACUGACCAGACUCGGUCAUUUCUACAACAACUUCCAGCCAAGUGACCACGCAAGCAUCGUUGGAUAAAACAUUCAUUUAUAUUGUAAAUUCAUGUCGUGCAGUUAAUAAAUAAAUAUGGAAUCAUG